AUGAAGACGACGCUCCACCACCUAAGAGAGCGAAGAGAGCUACACCGCGCAUCAACAUGCGCAAUGUGGUGGUUCACGGCUUCGACCCGAGCCGAAACAUUACGAUUGAGAUGUAGCCCCGGGUGGUUGGACGCGGGCUAUGGCGGAGCCGCCCUCCAACAGAACUUGCUGGAGCAGCACUCCCGGGCAGCCAUUGAUACUAUUGACGAUAUCCGGGUCGCCAUGAGCCACAUGGUCAAGACCAAGGAACAGUCAUGGAUCACCUACGCGCAAAGCCUGGAAGCCGCCGCAAAAGGGCACAAUGUCGGCGCAAAGUACCUGAUCACGUGUUUGCCCGCGGACUGCCCAUGCAAUACGCGUGGGCGUGUCGCAAUCGGGACCCCAUCAAUGUCAGCCAAGCCGGCAUCAUCAUGCAACAGCUUUUCCUCACGGAUGGUAUCGGGGUUGGCGGCCCUGACCGCCGCUCCAUCAAGACGUUAA